AUGACACGCUCACCGCCUCGUAAUCCCCUCGUCGCCAUAAUCGGCGCGACAGGCACAGGUAAAUCAGAACUGGCGGUUGAGAUUGCGAAACGACACAAUGGCGAGAUUAUCAACGGAGACGCGAUGCAGCUCUACGCUGGCCUGCCCAUCAUCACCAACAAGAUCACAAAAGAAGAACAGCAAGGAAUACCACACCAUCUCCUUGGAUGUAUAGGCUUGCACGAGCAGACAUGGGUCGUAGGGACGUUCGUCCGUGAAGCGUUGAAGACGAUUGCAGAGAUAAGGUCGAGGGGACGACUUCCGAUCCUUGUGGGCGGGACACAUUACUACACCCAGAGCUUGCUGUUUGAGGAUAAACUGGCAGAAGAGGGCGUCGAGGACGAGAAGCCGGACUUCGUUGAGGAUACGAGCAGCAAAUGGCCGAUUCUGAAAGAGUCUACAGAGGUGAUUUUUCAAGAGCUGAGGAAGGUCGAUCCGGUUAUGGCAGAAAGGUGGCAUCCGAAUGACAGGAGGAAGAUUCAGCGGAGUUUGGAGAUAUACCUGCAGACGGGACGAAAAGCUUCGGAGAUAUACGCUGAGCAACGAGCCAGGAAGAAUCAUGCGAAUGGUAAAAAUGGUGAUGUUGACAUGCUGGACACUCCCACGAUGCGAUUCCCAACCCUGCUCAUCUGGGUACACGCGCAAGCCGAUGUCCUGCGAGAACGACUCGACAAACGUGUGGAUAAGAUGCUCGAGCGUGGUCUUCUGCAGGAAGUGGAAACACUCGAGAAGUUCGUGGACGAGCAGGCUACGGCUGGGACGCCCGUGGACGAGACGAGAGGUAUCUGGGUCAGCAUUGGAUACAAAGAGUUCAAAGACCUCGCGCGAUUCCUACGAGACGGCGGGACGGAUCUGGAUCGGCAGAAGAAGCUUAUGAGCGAAGCUCGAGAGAAGACGCAGAUUGCUACGCGACAAUAUUCCAAGCGGCAAAUCAGAUGGAUCAGGAUCAAGCUUGUCAACGCCCUCGCAGAAGCCAGGUCCAGCGAGUCUCUAUACCUGCUCGACGGCUCUGAUCUUGCGAGCUUCGGAGGAGACGUCGUCGAGCCAGCUAUGGACUUGACCGACCAAUUCCUGCGCUCAGAGGACAUGCCCUUGCCAUCGUCGCUAUCCUCCGCUGCUGCAGAAAUGCUGACUCCAAAACGGGACUACGACCUAUCAGCGAACCCCGACAAAUGGAGCAAACAAUACUGUCUUGUCUGUGAUGUGACUUGUGUCACGCCGGAGCAGUGGCAGCAACAUACGCGGAGUAAGGCUCAUAGGAAGCUGACGUCGAAGAAGCGGGGUGCUGAGCGUGAUGUUGAGCCGCCGCCUUGA